AUGGCGGCACGCCGAGGGGGCGGGGCGGUCCCGCCUCCGGCGGCAGGCGCGCGAGUGCCCGGCGGCAGCGCGCGGCGCGGCGGGAUGGUGGCGUGGGGUCUGCGCGCGUUGCGCGGGGCCCUUCGGGCCGCUGCCGGGCGCCGGUUCAGCACGCGGCCGGCGCGCGCCCUCGCCAUGGACUAUCAGGAUGCCAUCCGGACCCUCAACACUCUUCAGACCAAUGCCAGCUACCUGGAGCAGGUGAAGCGGGAGCGCGGUGACCCCCAGGCACAGCUGGAAGCCAUGCGGGAAUUUUUGGAGAGGAGUGGGCUGAAGGUCGAGGACCUGGAUCGACUGAACAUCAUCCACGUCACGGGGACGAAGGGCAAGGGCUCAGCAUGUGCCUUCACCGAGUGCAUCCUCCGCAGCUAUGGGCUGAAGACAGGCUUUUACAGCUCCCCUCACCUGGUGCAGGUGCGUGAACGGAUCCGCAUCAAUGGGCAGCCCAUCAGCCAGGAGCUCUUCAACAAAUACUUUUGGCUUGUCUACAACCGCCUAGAGGAGACCAAGGAUCCAGCACGUGCCAGCAUGCCAGCAUACUUCCGCUUCCUCACCAUCAUGGCCUUCCAUGUCUUCCUGCAGGAGAAGGUGGACCUGGCAGUGGUGGAAGUUGGCAUUGGUGGUGCCUACGACUGCACUAACAUCAUCAGAGCACCAGUGGUGUGUGGAGUCUCCUCCCUGGGCAUCGAUCACACCAGCAUUCUGGGGGACACCAUGGAGAAGAUCGCCUGGCAGAAGGGGGGCAUUUUUAAGCCCGGGGUGCCAGCAUUCACUGUGGCACAGCCAGAGCGGCCAUUGGAGGUGCUGAGGGACCGAGCGCAGGAGCUGAAGUGUCCUCUCUACCUCUGCCCGGAGCUGGAUGCCUUCGAGGGAGACCACCAGCCAUUGGAGCUGGGGCUGGCAGGUGCCCACCAGCGCUCCAACGCUGCCCUGGCCUUGCAGCUGGCGCGGACGUGGCUGCAGCGCCGCGGCUGCCAGGGUCUCGCGGAGCUGAUGGAGGUGGCACCAGGCACUGAGCUGGUGGGGAGACCAGUGCCACUGGCACCCACUUUUCAGCCCUCUGAUGCCAUGAUCCAAGGCCUACGGGAAACAGUGUGGCUGGGCCGGACUCAGGUCCUGCCCCAUGGCCCCGUGACGUGGUACCUGGACGGAGCCCACACCACCAGCAGCAUCCAGGCCUGCGUCCGCUGGUUCCGCCAAGCUGCCCUCAACCAGGACAAGCCCCAUAAUGGCUCCGAGGUGCGUGUGCUGCUCUUCAACGCCACGGGGGACCGGGACACGGCGGCACUGCUCAAGCUGCUGCUGCCCUGCCACUUUGACUAUGCUGUCUUCUGCCCUAACUUCACAGAAGUGUCAGUGGCCAACAAUGCAGACCAGCAAAACUUCAAUGUGACGCUGGAGAAUGCCCUGACCCGCUGCCUGGAGAACCAGCGGACAUGGACCCGGCUGCUGGAGGAGAAGGGAGGGUCAGACCCCUGGCUCUUGACCCCCCUGCAGGCAGGGGGGUUGCUGCAACCAGCGUCUGCUCGAGGGACCCUGCUCCUGGUCCCCCCAGCCCCACGACCCCUCAAUUCCCCAGCCCUCGUCUUCCCCUGCCUGGCCCAGGCACUGCGGUGGGUUGCCCAAGGCCGGGACCCCCAUCUGGCAGCACCCCCUGCCACGGGGGCUCACCCCCACCCUGCUGCCAGCAGCGGAGCUGUGCUGCUGCGGGAGGCAGCCGCUGUUCAUGUCCUGGUCACUGGCAGCCUGCACUUGGUGGGGGGGGUCCUCCGGCUGCUUGACCCUGCACUCUCUCAAUAA